AUGUCCGACGACUCUGACGAUUCUGACGGUUCCAACGACUCUGAUGGCUACGAUUCGGACACCGUUGUCGUUGAUGCCAAUGACGGCAGCGACUACGGCUCAGCUGUGCACUUUGACGAUCGGGAGAGCGACGACGACACGCUGGACGAGCUCAACUGCCGCCGCCACCCAAUGUACCGCGAGUACGCGCCAGCCCUCAAUGCAAAUCCCAAUACAUAUGUGGUGCGGCCAUUCGGCUAUGUCGGCAUUCUGCACAAGCGCAAUCCCGCGACAGACUCGUUCUGGAACAGCAUCCGCGAGGCUGGCUUCGACCCGGAGGAGUGGGUGAUUUCCAUGCUAAAGUGCCAGCGACCAGUCCCGACCCAGUUGAAGCAGGGCUCUGCUGCUGCUGCUGCUGCUGCUGCUGCACACGAGGCUGCCUCAUCACAGUCAGAGCAGGCUCCCACGCCAUGGGCGCUCGCAGUCGCAGAAGCGGCCAAAGCAGGCGUGCUUUGCGCAUCGUGCUCCAUCUCAGAAGCGACGACCGCGCGUGCAUCGUCCAGCUCGGGCUCCAGCUCCGGCGUCGAGACGGCCGAUUCCAAUCGAGUCCCUCUGUCUGUUUGGUGGGACAUUUUUGAUGGAUCUGAAGACUUUCCCCUGGAUGGCUUUAUCCAAAACCACCCAGUGAACCGCGAGCCCGACUUUAAUCCACUGGAUGCGAGCCCCGAGUUUAACUGGGCAGUUGGGCGUCGUCUGCUUCCUUCGUUCGUGGCAUCCAAGUCAGCCGAGCGUGCGCGCUUCUCGCAUCGAGGAGUCGCCAUCGACACCAAGUCCCGAUUUGUACGUCGCUGCCUGCGGCGUGCCGAGCGCAAUGCUUCUCGCAUUUUCAUGGUCGAUGAAGCCACAGCAACCUCGUGCUCAAUCAACCAGUCCAACAUCGACCGUCUCACGUUUCAUGGAGACCUGCUGCGCGACCCGACACUGCAGAUGGACUUGGUUGCGACUGGUGUGCCUCUGGACGCGAAACUCCACUGGGCUGACUCAGAUCCCUAUUUCGCGUCAUUCUCCAGCGGGACUGGCGGUGAACAGACUGGCUGGGUGAUGCACUCGCGCCGCUACACUCGGUACUGGGAUGACAUUGAGAGCCCGCUCAUGACUGGCUCCAUUAUGGAGCUGUUUGACGCGCUGGAGACGAUUCGGGUUGGUCGGUCCCUCACGCUGUCCACGGCGUUGUUGGGGAAUGACAUGUACUGCGACCAAUUUUAUACCCCAUCAGCUGUGUGGGUCAUGCUGUUCCGCUACUGGAUUUUCGUCGAGCGUGUACGACCACCGAAAGAUAUCAUUCAGCACUGUGCUUCGACCAGCAUUGACAUGCUUCGGUACUGUUUAAGGCAUCACUACCAGGAGAUGCACGGUCUUCGCGAGAAACUGCUGGCUUUCUGGCUGGAGAACCACGUCAAUCGCAGCAGACCGAAUGCCUGGAAUUGUGUCACGCUCGUCUUGGAGUGGUUGUACCCCGAGCGCAAGCCUGCGUCCUACGACUGCGUGCAUCCGCCACGGCCCACGGGUCCGUCGAUUUACGACAAGUUUGGCGUGACCGAGGAAGCUGAAUGGGUCGUUUGCGGUAUUCCUUUUGGGUACUAUGCCGAUUGGUUCAAGGAGGCGGCGGGGUGGGAUAUGGCACCUGUGCUUGAGUGGCUACCUGAACUUGGCCGGCAGAACUUCAUUGACAGACCGACAUCGUACUUUUCGAAUUGGCUCUACCAGUUUGAGCUUGCGAGCUUUCAUGUCAAGCAUCCCUAUGACCGAGCACUUGGAAAGGAGUGGGCUCGCUUGCAUGACCGAGUGGAAGCAACCAACCAGGAAACUCUCAAGCAGAUUCUGCAAAUGGCCGAGCAAGCGCAGCCUUUGAGACUUUCCUCGCUGUGCCGACUCAAGCUGUGGCGACACGAAGGGAGCGAGGCAGCAGUUGCCAAAGCGCUCGGUGUCAGCAACAUUGAUGCGCUUCUUGGACUCGUCCCACCCGUCCCGCAGCCCGAUCUUCGCGUACCUGAAGAUGUCGCGCAGUUUGUGUUGGACAUGCCUCUUGCUCGUCAUUUGCAGCGCGUUCCCGCCUAUCAUGAGAUGAGUUGA